CAGACGCUGUCCAAACACUCCUUGGUAGUAGCACAAAGAAGUUACAUCUCACAGAAUCUUAAUCUACGGUGUGAUGUCGUAAGAAUAUAUGUCACUCCACGUCUCUUAUUGACGGCUUGUUUUCAUAACACAUUAACUGAUUACCAUCUGUGGACUAGCCGUGAGGAGCACACUUAACUGGCGUGUUUUGAUGACGCCAUCACUGGGACUUUCCGGAUACGUCACUUGGGGCUUCCGAGUUAUUAAGCUAGCUCUACUGUGUCUGUGUUCAUGUCGUUAGACACUGUAAACCUCGCUGCGUUGCUCUGGAGUACAUACCUAAAGAGACCAUGAAAACACCAAAGGCUCCCAACGGCGCCGAAAGGUUUGAAUAUUGAGACGUCGUUGUCAGGAGCGACGAUCAGACCGAGAGGCCGAAUGUCAACAACGCGGCCCCUCCUCGGAAUGAGACGAGUCACCGAGCUAACUUGCGGGGAACAGCCGAGCAGCAGGCUCCUUGCGUCAGCCGGCAGGCAGCAGCAAGAGGCCCCAACCGUGGACGAGUUUACAGUCCUAGAGGAUAAAGAAGAUGAACUGAAAUGUGCCAAGCCUCGAGUGGAACAGGUUUUUAAAGUAGCGUUCACUAUCAUCGGUCUGUUGGACCACACGGGACAGCCGCACGGGAGCAAAACAUCACGGCAGAUAUGGCUGCAGCUUAGAGGAUGUCAAGACGACGUGUCAAAGGCUAAGGAAUAUGUUCGAGGACUCUGUGACCCGGAACUGCAGAAAGAGGAGCGGUACCCAGUGGACAUGCACUGUAUCUUUGCUGGCGCCAGGGGCCUCUUCCUGGACAGGCUCAUACGGGACACAAGUGCAGAGGUUCAGGUGCCUGAGCCAGGCCGUCUGCGGCUAUUAGGCCAGGCUGAACCUGUCGUGAUGGCCCAGAGCAGAGUUCAGCAGUUUGUAGCACUAUUCCAGGAGAAGCAAAGUCUACCGAGUGACAGAGAGCCAUCAGUGAAACGAGCCUUCAAGUCCUUCGUAGAGGAAAGGGAUGAUAAGUACACUAUGGAACUUCUUCUGCUGCCCAGUGCUCUGAAAGAAGAAUUACUGGGAUUGGCUCACAGCCCCACUAGCACAAUCACAUCCUCACUGGCUCAUCUCAACCAGACACUGCAUCCCAGCAUGGUAGAGGUUGACCAGGACCGCUCACAGAGUAGCACCCCAGUGACAGACCUCUCCAAUCGCAUCCUUGACACUAGCUUUGAAGAGAAAGGGACUGGGGCCGGAUCUGUCAGUGGAGGCGGUAAAGUAGGAGGAGGGAUAGGUUUAGGUCCUGAGGCCGUCCUCCUCAAUGGCACUCGGCCAUCACACAAGCGGCGCUCAUCUGAGAGCGAGACUCGGGACACAAAGAGACAGUACUCCCUGGAACGGAGGGAUGAGUCACCUGAGAGGGCGAGAGAGCGGGAGCGACAGAGAGACAGAGAGGGCCGGGCUGGUUGUAGCAGUAGUAGAUCCAAAACACCAUCUGCUUCAUCAUCCCUUUCCUCCUCAGCUAAAGCCAAUACAGUUGGUCCGAUCAUGCUGGACUCCAGUGAGGGCAUCUCAGAUGAUGGAGAGGCCGUCAGCCCAGAAACCAACCUCCGCUGUUUGGUCAAUUUCUUCAGAACUAUGGGUUACCAGCAGGAAGUGGUGGAGCGAGUUGUCAAGGAGACGGGACAGACAGAGGAUACCUUCCUCAUCCUGGAGAAGAUCGUUGAGGAAACCAAGCAUUGUGCAGAGGGGUCAAAAGGAGAUGAAAAAGAAAGACGACUGAACUCUAUAUGCUCCGCAGACACUCCCUCCUCAUCAUCCUCCUCCUCUACAGUCUUUCGACUCAGAGAGAAGGAGCGCGAGUUGAGCAAAGCAUUGGUAGACUUGGGCGGAUCUAAAGAGAACAUUAAGCCAAACCAGCAUGGAAGCAGUAGCAAUGGGCUAGGGCACCGGAGGCAGUGCAGUGGCAGCGAGACAAGCACUCAGCAGGCAAUCACUAUCAAGAGGAGCUCCAGUGCUCAAGGAGGAGCAGGAAACUACGAGGUUAUUACCAUUGAGGAUGACGACGAUGUCAUCCCCACGGAUACCAAAACAGCAGAUAGUAGUAUGUCCCAGAUGAUGAGGACAGUGGCACAUCUCGACACCCAUUCGGGAUCCAGAACAGACUACCUGGCGCGGGGAGGGGGCAGCGUCUCACAGAGAGACUACCUGUCGAGGGGUGGGACUCAGACUUUAGGUGGAUCAGUCAAAGUUGAGAGUGUGACAGCACUGCGCAGCACGCCUCAGUGGCUGACUGCCACGACCACCUCCUUGGCUUCGACCCCCAGUUCAGCUCAGCCCAUCAACCGGCCCUCAGCCUCUCCCUAUCAGACCAUUGGCCACAUGGGGCUUCACGGGAGCGGAGCCAGGACUCCUCCUGCAACUGACCCUCCUGCGCCGCCAGUGACUGGUUUGGCUCGUUUCCAUCAGUCACUGAGGACUCCCUACACUCUGAAGCUGCCAAAUGAGCCAGGACAUCCAGAGCUCAGACACAUUAUCAUAGAUGGAAGCAACGUGGCUAUGGCUCAUGGCCUUCAUCGGUUCUUCUCCUGUCGAGGCAUAGCACUGGCAGUGGAGACAUUUUGGAGGCGGGGACACAGGGAGAUCACAGUAUUUGUCCCUCAGUGGCGUCAGAAGAGAGACCGACUCACAACAGAGCAACAUUUUUUAAACCAGCUAGAGGACCUGAGGCUGCUGUCCUUCACUCCCUCUAGAGAGGUCUGUGGCCAGAGGAUAUCAUCGCAUGAUGACAGGUUUUUGCUCCACCUCGCAGAAAAAACAGAUGGGAUCAUUGUAACCAAUGACAACCUGAGGGACUUUGUCGACACUUCGGACACAUGGCGCAAGAUCAUUCAAGAGAGGUUGCUUCAGUUUACUUUUGUAGAGGACCACUUCAUGAUCCCUGAUGACCCUCUGGGGAAAGACGGACCUCACCUGGACAUCUUCCUGCGUAAAGAGUACAGGAGAACUGCAGUCACUCCUCCCCCUCUUAGACCCCCAGACUUCCGGCCUUCCUCCCAGCAGCAGCAGCCAGUUUACGUCCAGGCCCUCCACUCUGCUCCUUGGACUCCUGCCUCCACACCCAGGCCGCCUCCCUCCCUUUUGCCCCAUCCCACAGCGCACUGGCCCCACUCUGGUCCCCCUGAAUGGCAUCCGCCUCGCCGUUCCCCCUCACCCUCACCCUCACCUCCACCCCAGCGAUCACCAGGGGAGACAUCAGAGCUGAAGAGAAAGCUGUACGACAUCUUCCCCGACCAGAAGCAGCGGAUUGACCGCAUCCUCAGCGACAAUCCGUACAUGAGAGACCUGAACGCCCUGUCAGGGCUGCUGCUUGGAUAAAUAACUGGCUCUGCCAUGAGAAUCAGCAGACACACACACUCGCAAGAAUAUCCAUACAUUUGUCAGCAUACAUAUAAUUUAUUUUACCAUCCCUUCCAGCCUGGAGGACAUGGAAAGUUUUUUAUUAUUAAUAUUUUACAUUAAGACUGAUCAUCAAACUAGGCUGCUAUUGGCAAAAAAAAUAUUUUUUGGGAUGUUUUCCUUUUUCUAUCUCCUUCCUCCUUUGCUUUCAAAUUGAUUAACGUGAACAACGCAGGUGUCUAAAGAAUCAAAAGUGUUAACAAAUUGCCAUAGUUGUCAAUCAGCAGUCUCUAUUGUUCAGAUUUUAAUAAAUAAUUGUCCUUGACAAGAGUCCUGAGGUUCCACGAAUGUGGAACUAGCACUGGGAGAAAUUGUUUUGGACCAAAAACAGUGAACUGGUCUCAUGGUACAGUGGCUCCAGCUCAGCACAAGACGGUUUUCUUCAACAAAACCUUGUUUACCAUGAGACUUUUAAAACCUCUCACAAAGUCCGAGCUUUUUCUUGAUAAGAAUUUUGGCACUGGCAGGUUUUGCAUGUUUUUACAUUUUCACCAUACGACUUACACACUUGUAAUGUUCCGGAACAGAAGUAAUUCACGGUCAGGCAGCACCAGGGGACUGAAAUAGAAAUCAGUGAACCGUUUCAUCUGUUAGGAGUCAUUCAACAUCAGCAAGGAAAAGUUAAAAAGUACCACACUUUAACUUAAUUUCCUUGACAAUGUACUUGCUGGAGAUCAGUUUUAUAAAAGGGCUGUGGUGUCCUUUAUCAGAGAAGUAUUUCAGGACGCAUGAUGAGAUCAUUAGCUCUGACAUCCAAGAAUUGUUAUUGUUAAUGUUGGACAGAAGUGCCAGUAAACCAUAGUUAGACAGCAGACACAACUGUAAUUUAAAAAAUAGGAACAUAUAAGCUUAUUAAAGAAACACCUUUAGGCUCUCUUGAGGCCAGUAUUUUGAGGCUGUAUGAAUGGGCAGUAAUGACAACCGGUUGUUUGUCCUUUUGGUUUUUUUGGGGUUUUUUGGGUUUUUUU